AUGGUCUCAAGGAUUAGCGUCGCUUCGCGCGCACCCGCCAGCUCCGCGCGCGAAUCCCCCCCCUUCACGACCAAGCCGCCGAGCAUCCGCGGGGCUGCCGCCUGCUCCGCCCCUCCCGCAGCCAUCAUGGGCACCGCCGGAUCCGUUUCUAACCGUCUCUACAGCUCUGCUGCGCGCUCGAUCUCAGGGAAGGUCAAGGCGGCGCGGCGACGACAGUGCGGCGUGCUGCAUCGGCCGAUCCGCGUGUUCGUGCUGUGGUACGGCGUGUUCUCCGACGCUCAGAAGCAGACGGUCCGUUCCUUCGUCGCAUCGCUCAGCCCCAACGCUGACGCCGCCGUCACUGUUCCAUUGUGGUGGAACAUCAACCGGCUCUACUACGACCAGAAUGGUAACCACAUAUCGCAAUCCGUGACGUGGGGAGGCGAGCUGGAGGACAGGGCGUACAGCAAGGGCAAGACGCUGCUCUCAAGCCACGUGGAGAGCCUACUGGGGUCGGCCAUUAGCAGCCAACGAAUGCCACACGACCCUGGCGCCGUCUACUUCCUCCUCUCCGACGAGCUUGUCACUCAGAAAUGGGGCAACACGAGCACGGCUCAGAAGUUCUGCACGGACUUCUGUGGGUGGCAUUACUACGCGUGGGCCGACAUGUACGGCGACUACAUCUACUCCUGGGUCGGCAAGGCAAACCUGCUCUGCCCCUCGUCCUGCAUUCCCAGUGACAUUCGCAGCAAUGCGUCCCUCGCCCCCACGGGUGAUCCUGGCAUGGAUGGCCUCGUGUCUGUCUUCGCCCACGAGCUCGCAGAGGCCACCUCAAGCCCCUUCAUCUCCACGUGGUUCGACGGGGAAGGCUACGAGAACGCGGACAAGUGCGCCUGGAAGUUUGCACCCCUUAUCCCUGGAGCCUCUGGCAUCAAGUACAACCUGGUGGGUGUCAACAGCUCCAGAUUCCUCAUCCAGCAAAACUGGGACCUCGUUUCUGGCUCGUGUGCGCUAAUCAUCCCAUACUCACCCCCCCCCCCCACCACCUAG